AUGUUGGCGAAGCUCAUCGUAGCGGCGCUUACCCUGGGCGUCUCCCACGUCCUGGGAGCAGCCGUGAGCAUCAACCAGGCUCCUGACGCCUCCGACUGCGACUACGAUGCUAUCGUCGUGGGAGGAGGUCCGUCCGGUCUCAGUGCUCUCAGCGGCCUGGCACGUGUGAGGAGGAAUGUCCUCCUCAUCGACUCGGGAGUGUACCGCAACGGACCGACCCGGCAUUUACACGAUUUGAUCGGCCUGGACGGUAUCACCCCGGCGUACUAUCGCUGGCUCGCACGAGAGCAGCUGUCCCAUUACGACACCGUCCAGAUGGCCAAUGGCACAGUGACCAAGAUUGAGCCCCAGGCCAACAACACAUUCUUCCGUGUCACAACCGACGGCAAACAGCUCACCGCCCGCAAGAUCGUCCUCGCCACAGGCCUCCGCGACGUCCUCCCGGCCACCCCGGGGGUCCGUGAAAACUGGGGCAAGGGCAUCUACUGGUGCCCCUGGUGCGACGGCAAAGAGCACGCCGACCAGGGCCUCGGCCUACUGGCCCCCAUGGGCAAAGUCCCGGCCAUGGUGCGGGAGAUGGCCACGCUCAACCAGGAUAUCGUGGCCUUUGUCAACGGCACCGACGUCCCCGGCAUGGGUGCCGUCGCCGACGACGACUUCGGGCCCGGAUGGGAGACGUACCUGGAGCUCAGGAAGAUCAAGAUCUACAACGAGACCAUCGAGAGCAUUGAGCGUCUGAGUACGGCUUCCGCCGGCGAUGCGAGUCUGCCGACGUACCCUGAGUAUGACCUAUUCCGUGUGCACUUGGCAGGCGGGGAAGUAGUCGAGCGUGGCGCACUCUUCGCCAAAUUCACGGAUGAACUGGCGAGCUCUGUUGGUCCAGAUAUGGGUGUGCAAUUGGACGAUGGACGACUGACUGCAGACUAUGCCAAAGGUCUCCUCACCAAUAUCCCUGGUGUUUAUGCGGUUGGCGAUGCAAACACGGACCGUGCGACCAAUAUCCCCCAUGCGCUGUUCUCGGGCAAGCGCGCGGCGAUCUAUCUACAUGUGCAACUGGAACGUGAGACUGCGAAUGCCCAGAUCGCGGCCUACAAACAGGAAAGGGAUGUUGUUGAGGAUGAGGAUGUACGCGCUCUCUGGGAGCGGAUGAACGGCGAGCCCGGCGAUCUGCUGUAUGCGGGCGAGUAUCGCGAGUAA